AUGAACCUGCGGAGGUCGCUCUGGCUGUUGGCGCGCAUCACCCUGCCCGUGGUGGGCUUCUCCCUGGCCUGCCUGGGGGCCUUCCUGGUGUCCCUCCGGAGCACCAGCAGCAGCAGUGCUUCUGCUUUCAUGGAGAUCUUCGCCUACGUCUGCAUCAUCUGCGGCCUCCUGGUGCUCAUGGUGGGCGUGUCCUGGACCAUCUGCCUGGGCAUGAGAAGCAAGGUGUACCAGCAGCACAGGGGGAGGCAGCCCGAGCACACCAUCCACGUCCACACUGUCGACAGACCUGAGUUCUACCCUCCCGCCUACGAGGAAUCGCUCGAAAGAAACAGCGUCGAUGCCCAGGUUGUCGUGGCUACUGAAAACGAGCUCCAUUACAGCACGGCACCCCCGAUUUACACGCGUAGGAGCUCAGAGGUGCCGAAUGAUGACUUCAGCAGUGAGGAACCGCCCUCCUACAAAGAGGCCAUGCUCCAGGAUGAGAGCAGCUCACGCGCACAGAUGAACGGUCCCGAGGUGGACGGCAUGCUGGCCAGCGUUCCUCUUGACGGCCGUUAG